CAGGUACAAACACAUCACACGAUCAUGUCUUAUCAUCAGCAGAAGCAGCCCAAUAUCAUUCCUCCUCAGCUUCAGGACCAGCAGGUGAAGCAGCCCAGCCAACCACCUCCCCAGGAGAUAUACUGUCCCAAGAACCCAGAACCAGGCAACACCAAGGUGCCACAGCCAUGCUAUCCUGAGGUCCCAGUGCCAAGCAAUCCUAAGGUCCCAGGGACAGGCACCACCAAGUUACCUGAGGUUCCAGUGCCAUGCAAUCCUACGGUCCCAGGGACAGGCACCACCAAGGUGCCAGAGCCAUACUACCCUGAGGUCCCAGUGCCAUGCAAUCCUACAGUCCCAGGGACAGGCACCACCAAGUUUCCAGAGCCCUGUCCCAACGUGGUUAUUCCACCCAUUGCUCAAGACAAGUACCCACAGGUCCCCAAGACCAAACAGAAGUAA